CCGUAACUCUCCGGGUUAUUACACAGCAAUAUUCGGGGUGGUGAGCGCCUGCCGCCCGUCUGUUUGGCUAGUCGGAAGCAUCCGUAGAGAUGAGCAGAGAACCGUAGCACUGUGAGGCCUGGACCAUUACCGAUUGCCGCAGACAGCAGGACGCGAGAGGAGCCGCGAACCAGUGGAACCAUGGGUCACGGAGUGGGCUGAACCAGAGGGACGAGCAAAACACAUCAGCUGCUUCCCACGGUGGUUUAUGACAUGGCCACGGCCUCAUCGAGAGCAGAGACUAGCCAUAACCACAGACGCCCGUCACAGCUCCAUGCCAUUGUUUCCUGUGCCAAACUCAAGAGAAAGAAGAGCCUGUUUGGGACGGCCAUCUAUGUGGAGGUGACAGCAGAGGGAGAGUCACGGCGAACGGCCAAGUCUCACAGCUCCUCCAACCCCAAGUGGGACGAGAGGCUCACACUGAAUGUAACUCCGUGCACGCAGGUAGACUUUAAAGUUUGGAGUCACCACACCCUGAAAGCAGAUGCUCUGCUGGGCAAAGCCACAUUGGACCUGGUUCAGACUCUGGAGCAGCAUGACAGGAAACUGGAGAACGUGAAGGAGGUGCUGAAGCUGAACUCAGAGCAGAAGGGGGUCCUGGUUCCUGUGGGGGAGCUCACCGUUUACCUGGAUGGACUGACCGUCACCAACGAGGAAGAGCUGGCACCACUGACCAAUGGCAGCACAGCAAACGGCACCAAAGUCCAGCAGAACGGUGACGCCAUCCAUGAAAACUUAGACUCAUCUUCCUCUUCCUCAAGGGCUGCCAACAGCACAGUGAAUGGAACAGACUCAGGCCCAAGGUCUGGUUCCUGUUCAGCCUCCAGCGGCGCCGAUGGUCUGAUGCCUUCCAGCUCCUGUAGUCCUGCUGUGGAUCACAUCAUCAAUGGAGAGUCGUCAGCCAACUCCACCCCUGUCCACCAGCCGUCAGACAACGACACCGAGACCAGAAUGGUGAAUGGAGACGCCUCUUCUGCAGCCAGAUGUGAUGUGCUGCCCCCUGCAGGAGAUGAUGAAGACUGCACACCGGAUGCUGCCCUGCCAGACUCUGACACAGCUCCCCCACCAGCCUCCUCUACUGCUGCUGCUACCACCACUUCGGCCUCUUCCACCCAGGAGGCCGCAGCAUCCUCACUCUCUUCCUCCCCAGUGCCAGGAGAAGCUGGAGGUAGUAGCAGCACUGGAGCUGCAGACGGGGUGAAGCCCAGACAGCCGGUUCCCAACGCUGCAGCCUCAGAUCCACUACCACCAGGGUGGGAGCAGAGGAAAGACCCUCAUGGGAGAACAUAUUAUGUAGACCACAACACCAGGACUACAACCUGGGAAAGGCCACAGCCACUUCCACCAGGGUGGGAGCGGCGGGUGGACGACCGGGGAAGGAUCUACUAUGUGGACCACAACACCCGGACCACCACGUGGCAGCGUCCCACGAUGGAGUCGGUGCGUAACUUUGAGCAGUGGCAGAGCCAACGCAGCCAGCUGCAGGGAGCCAUGCACCAGUUCAACCAGCGAUACCUCUACUCUGCUUCCAUGAUGUCGGCUGAGAACGAUCCCCUUGGCCCGCUUCCUCCAGGUUGGGAGAGACGUGUGGACUCCAACGAUCGAGUGUACUUUGUCAACCACAACACCAAGACCACCCAGUGGGAAGACCCCCGGACCCAAGGGCUGCAGAAUGAGGAUCCUCUUCCUGAAGGGUGGGAGAUCCGGUACACCAGGGAAGGCGUUCGCUACUUUGUGGAUCACAACACCAGAACCACCACCUUCAGUGACCCUCGAACUGGGAAGUCAUCUGUCACCAAGGGGCCUCAGAUUGCGUACGAGCGCAGCUUCCGAUGGAAACUCGCCCAUUUCCGCUACCUGUGCCAGUCCAACGCUCUGCCCAGCCAUGUGAAGAUCACCGUGUCCAGACAGACGCUGUUUGAGGACUCUUUUCAACAAAUUAUGGCCCUUAAACCGUACGACCUGAGGAGGAGGCUGUACGUCAUCUUCAGAGGAGAGGAGGGUCUAGACUACGGUGGCUUAGCACGGGAGUGGUUCUUCCUGUUGUCCCAUGAGGUUCUGAACCCGAUGUACUGUCUGUUCGAGUACGCCGGCAAGAGCAACUACUGUCUGCAGAUCAACCCGGCCUCCGCCAUCAACCCGGACCACCUCUCUUACUUCUGCUUCAUAGGCCGCUUCAUUGCAAUGGCACUUUUCCAUGGGAAGUUCAUCGACACGGGUUUCUCUUUGCCAUUCUACAAACGUAUGCUGAACAAGAAGCUGAUCCUCAAAGAUCUGGAGUCCAUUGACCCAGAGUUCUACAACUCACUCAUAUGGAUCAGGGACAAUAACAUCGAGGAAUGUGGUCUGGAGAUGUACUUCUCAGUAGAUAUGGAGAUCUUGGGGAAGAUCUCUUCACAUGAUCUCAAACCGGAUGGUGCCAACGUCCUGGUGACAGAGGAGAACAAGGAGGAGUACAUCAGCCUGAUGGCAGAGUGGAGGUUCUCCCGCGGGGUCGAAGGUCAAACCAAAGCCUUCCUGGAUGGAUUCAACGAGGUGGUUCCACUUCAGUGGCUCCAGUACUUUGAUGAAAAAGAGCUGGAGGUGAUGCUGUGCGGCAUGCAGGAGGUGGAUCUCCAGGACUGGCAGAGGAACACGGUGUAUCGUCACUACACCAGAAACAGCAAACAGAUCAUCUGGUUCUGGCAGCUGGUGAAAGAAGUGGACAACGAGGUUCGACUGAGACUGAUGCAGUUUGUUACCGGAACCUGUCGGCUUCCUCUGGGGGGCUUUGCUGAACUGAUGGGAAGUAACGGUCCUCAGAAGUUCUGCAUUGAGAAAGUUGGGAAGGACACGUGGCUUCCUCGGAGUCACACCUGUUUUAACCGUCUGGAUUUGCCUCCCUACAAAAGCUACGAACAGCUGAAGGAGAAGCUGCUGUUUGCCAUCGAGGAAACGGAGGGAUUCGGCCAAGAAUAGGACGAGUCUGGCCGGGUCUCUGUCACCUUCGCUGUUUAUUCAGCCAAGAAAAAACUCAUUAAAAUAGUUGCACAAGAUAAUUACCAAUGUAAAUAAGCUAUUUUCUCAUUUAAAACCAAAUCAUGAUGUGCAGCAUUGUUGUUGCUGCCGUCGUAUAUCCCAUAAUAACCCUCAUGAAAAUAUGCAAGCAUCUCAGCAUCAUGGAUAUUUUUAAUGUCCUCUGGCCGCUGACUGGCUUUUAAAAAAGAGACUGAAGAGUUCCUGAGGAUUUUCUAGCUGAAACUCCGCCUCCUUCCUGAGCUCUAGUUCUAUAGAACUCCAAAAGGCAGACAGAGGAUUGGGGUCCGAAGAGGAUUCGGGUCUGGUUUCCUGCUGGACUCGUAGCCAUUCUGCUAUUUUCGCGUGCUUGCAUGCUGCCUAUGAAGAUUCCAGGACUGCUGAGACCUCCAUAUGCUAUACGCAGAUGUUUCAACACGGAUCGCUGUGAACCAGCUUACCUCCAUCUUCACCAGGAAGCGUCUGGGUGGAUCUGAAGAGCCGGAGGUCCGAUCCCCACCCUGAUUGUUUGAGGGUUUUUGAGCAUCUUUCUGCUGUAUCAGAAAUGACUGAAGGAGGACUAAAAACCUGAACUGAGAGGUUGAGCUGUGUGUGUGCACGUAUGUGUGUGUGUGUGUGUGUUGGGUGACAGUGGGUUCAGGACCAGAUCCAGUCUCUGAGCUGCAGCCUGAACACUGUGAGGAGUUUCUGGUGAUUCCCAGAAGGACACUAAUGACUCAGAUUUCAGCCCAGCUGUUCACAUCUCUGACUGAGAGGACAAUAAAUAAAUCUGUGGCUCAGUU